AUGAAUGUUUGGCAAUGGCUAUAUGAUCUCCUUGCUGUUUUCAUGCUUCCCUUCUAUCUUUCGGCCCUCCUCAAUCUAAUGGAAAAACCCGCCAAUAUCCGUAAAACCUGCUUGGCGUGCUCGAUCUACAUCAUUGACACCAUCAUUGGCCUUCUAUAUACCAUAUAUUUUGUCCAGUUUUGGUUUAGUGAGAACGAUUCUGGUUCUGCCAGCGGCACUGCAAACACGAUCGCUGCAAAUGCGGUCAAUGUCUUGCGCAGAGCCUCUGCGGACCUUUCUCAAUCAGCAUCCCCUUCAAGAGAGUUAUUUUUGACGGUGAGUGGAACUCUUAUUACAACGGCCUUGCGCAUAUACUUCUGCUUCGUUUUCCUCUCAUUCACAAAGCAGCUUCUAUUUCAAGCUGCUCAAAACAAGAAGAAUUACAGAACCGACUCCAUCAGCGAGGAGGCAAACUAUCCAUCAACCGUUUUGGGAAAUUUAAAAAGAUUCAUAUAUGGAUUGGAAGUGCGGUCAAAACACUUUCUCGACGAACACCUUCUUUAA